AUGAACGCGACUCGAUGGUGCAAGACGCCCUUGACAAGCUACGGUAUAACCCGCAGCGCAUCAAGCAAAGCAUCCCGCCAAAAAACAAGUCCAAAGCCAGCGAUAUUGAAACAGAGACAACCAAGUCCAUCAUAUCAACGUCGUCCCCAGGCGACUCCAAAAGCCGCAGAAGUCCCCACAGGCUCAGGCUCACGCGGCCAUGGAAUUCCACCCAGGGCUCUGACAUUUCUGGGAAUCACUGCUCUCACCAUCAGCACAUACUGUGGCUAUCUGUACACAUCAUACAGAAGAGAAGUGACCAACGCGUCUAAACUCAAUGUCCCACGCGAUGUCUCAGAUCGGUAUAACUCCACAGCAUCGACCUUCGAUGCAGAUGUCGCGAUCUCAGAAAAGGCAAUGGGACUGGGUAAGAAGCGACGCGAUUUAGUCCAAAUGGCGCGCGGAAAUGUCCUCGAAGUCAGCUGCGGCACAGGACGGAACCUUCCAUUCUAUGAACUUGGCGAACGAAGAGGGACCGAUAAAGACGGCCGUGCAAGCGUGCUCGGUUGUCGGAGCAUUACAUUCCUAGAUCUGAGUCCGCAGAUGAUUGCAAUCACGAAGGAGAAGUUUGAGAAGCUAAAUCCUACUUUCUCGGGUGUUAGUUUCCAGACUGGGGAUGCGGGGUCUGUUGGAUUGCGUUCUGGGGAGCAGUAUGAUACUGUUUUGCAGACGAUGGGGUUGUGUUCGAUGCCUGAUCCUGCUGCGACGCUGCGACAUCUUGGAUCCAUUACUGAGCCUGCUCGUGGUCGGAUUUUGUUGCUUGAGCAUGGUCGUUCUUAUUACGAUUGGCUGAAUCGGAUUUUGGAUAAUCUUGCGCCGGCCCAUGCGGAUCGUCAUGGAUGUUGGUGGAAUCGGGAUAUUGGAGCGAUUGUGCGUGAGAGUGGAUUGGAGAUUGUGGAGGAGAAGCGUUGGCAUAUGGGAACUACGUGGCGGUAUGUGUUGCGCCCUAAGACGGAUGAGAAGUCAUCUUGA